GAGGAAAAGAAAUAGAAAAAACAAAGUAGAAGAAGAAGGAGUAGAAGUAGAAGCAGAAGAAGAAGAAGAAGAAGAAGAAGAAUUAAGAAUAAUAAUAAAAAGAAAGACGACGACGACGACGACGGUGGCCGUCGCCCGGCCCGCAAUAAUGCCGCACGUCAGCAGCAGCGGCGGCGGCGACGAUCUCGGUAGCGAGGACGAGGUCAAGGUUUUCAAGGAUGAGGGUGAGGACGAGAAGAGGUCCUCGGAAAACCUCACCGAAGAGAAGAGCUCCCUCAUCGACCUUACGGAGUCUGAGGAAAAGGGCUCGCUCGCCGCUGGGAGCUACGCUACGACGGGCAAGACGUCGGCCAGGUCCGACCUCAGUCCCGUUUUUGGUGAGUACUCAAAAAAUUAUAUAUUAAAAAAAAAAAAAAAUGAACCUUCAUAUUUAUUUCACCUCGCCCCACGUCUACACCCACUAUAGGGAACCUCCCUCGCG